UCCGUACCUCGACAAUCUAUCGCAACACAUCUCGAGGGUCUUUCCGCGCGCGCGACCACCAGGCGCACUUUCACGCACCGCAUCAAAUACAACCCACGCGCUGUGCCCGUGGCGAGGCACAAUGAGCAACUUCCUUGACCAGCAGUUUCCCGACGAGGAGGAAGAAGACGACUUCAAUCCAGGUCAACACGUGGCGUCAGACGACGAAGACGAUGCAAAACCGCAGGUCGACGAGGAUGAGGAUGAGAGGCCUGCCAAACAGCGAGCAGCCGCUGGCGCCGACGAUGAUGAACUAAAGGAGGAGGCCGGCGACGAAGAUGGCGCUGAAGACGCGAAAGAAGGCGAAGAAGAUGAGGAGGAAGAAGAGGAAGACGAAGAAGAGGAAGAGGACGAGGAUGAUGAAGACGAUGUCGGCCGGCCCACCAAGCGUCGAAAACAGAGACGAAAUCAGUUCAUUGAUGUCGAAGCCGAAGUCGAUGAGGACGAUGAAGAGGAGCCCGAGGAAGAAGAUGACCUCCCUGGCGAAGAAAUGCACCCGGAUGAUCUCCAGGAGCUGCCUCCUGGUGCCGACAGGGAUGAUCGCAUGCACAGAGAGCUCGAUCGCAAGCGUGAACAGCAGGAAGCCAUGGACGUCGAGGAGACCGCAGCGCGAUUGAAAGAGAGAUAUGGACGACAGAAUCGUGCCGCAGGCUCGGGAUCUGGAAUAGUGCCCCAGCGUCUGCUCAUGCCAAAUGCAGACGAUCCACGAAUUUGGUUCUUGAAGUGUCGCCCAGGGAAAGAGCGUGAAAUCAUCUUUGCGAUGCAAAGUCGCAUCGUGGAGCGCCAGCGAUCUCGAGAGCCAGUGCAAAUCUUUUCCGCUUUUGAGCGCUCCGGCACCGGUGCUAUGAUGGGCAAAAUCUACGUCGAAGCGCGUCGAGUGGACGAUGUCACUGCGGCCUUUGAUGGCGUUACUCAUGUCUUCAUGGGCACCAAACCGCAGCUCAUCCCAAUUGAGGAAAUGCCCGCUCUCCUGAGGGUCAAGAAAAGCAAGCAGCUGGAGCCCGGGAUGUACGUGCGUCCUAGACGGGGUCUGUACGCCGGCGAUCUUGCCAUGGUGGAUGAAGUUGAGCCCAACGGAACCGAAGUACAGCUGAAGCUCAUUCCUCGCCUUGACUACGGCCAGACCGAGGAUGCCAAUGCUGCUGCAGCCGUCAUGGAGCCUGAUGGGCAGGGAGGCAUGAAGCGGAAGCGUGUGGCACAGCCAUUCAAGCAGAGACCCCCCGCGCGACUAUUCAGCGAGAGCGAGGCCAAGAGGAAGCAUGGCCGAUACUUGUCACAAAAGGGAGGUCUGAGUGGAAACAGCUGGACCUAUCAGGGAAAAGAGUAUAUCGAUGGUUUCCUGGUCGAAAGUUUCAAGAUUGGCCAUCUGCAGACAGAUGAUGUCAAUCCGACCCUCGAAGAAGUCACCAAAUUCGCGGCAGCGACAGAAGAUGGCACGGAGAAUCUGGAUUUGGCUGCUUUGGCUGCCACUCUCAAGGCUGGUGUGGGCGCAGACUACUUGCCUGGCGACAAGGUAGAGAUCUUCCGUGGCGAGCAAAAAGGUGUGACCGGUCGGGCGACGGAAGUCUACAACGAAGUUAUCAAGAUUCAGGUGGACUCCGGCGCGCUUGCAGGCAAGAUGAUUGAAGCCCCAAUCAAAGAUUUGCGCAAGCUCUUUAAGGAGGGAGAUCACGUCAAGGUCAUUGGUGGCAGCAAAUACCAGGACGAAGUGGGCAUGGUUGUCCGUCUGCGCGAUGAUAGAAUCACAAUUCUUACGGACAGCACCCAGCAAGAGAUCACAGUCUUCGCCAAAGAUCUGAGAGAGGCCACCGACAGUGGCGGUGUUGUGGGCGCAUCGAAAUACGAUCUGUUUGAUCUAGUGCAAUUGGAUGCAUCAACAGUUGGCUGCGUGGUGAAGGUGGACCGCGAGAGUUUGCGUGUGUUGGACCAGCUGGGCAGUGUGCGGUCAUUGCUGCCCACUGCGAUCUCCAACAAGAUCGAGAAGCGCCGCGAGGGUGCUCCAGCCACUGAUCGCAACGGAAAUGAGAUCAAGCCUGAAGACACCAUCAAGGACUACGGCGGUGAGGCGCGUGAAGGCAAGGUUCUGCAUAUCCACCGCGGUUUCGUCUUUGCGCAAUCGCGAGAGAGCAGAGAGAACGCCGGCGUUUUCGUGGCGCGUAGUAACACCGUGGUCACAGUGGCAGCGAAAGGUGGCCGCGUCGGUCCCGAUUUGACAAAGAUGAAUCAAGCGCUCAAAGGUCCAAAUGGAGGUGCAGCUCCUCCAAUGCCACCUCCUGUGCAGCGGGGACGUGAUCGACUCAUCGGACGCACAGUCAAAAUCAAGGUUGGUCCUAUGAAAGCCAUGAUUGGUAUCGUGAAGGAGUCGAGUGACGCUGGCGCCCUGGUCGAGCUGCAUAGCAAGAACAAAAAGGUCACUAUGCCCAAGGAGAAGCUCGCUGUCAUUGAUGCGACAUCCGGCCAAGUUAUAUGCUCCGAUGCGAGCACAUUCGGCGGCUUUGGAGGACCUCGUGGGGCACCAGGCAGAGGACCACCGAUCGGCGGUGCGACUCCAGGCCGGCCUGGCUAUGGAGCACCUCCAAUGGCAAGCGGUGGACGGACGCCAGCAUACGCCGCGGGAGCUGGAGGUCGCACGCCAGCCUGGAAGGCGGAUGGCGGCCGCACUCCUGCUUGGCAAGCCUCUGGCGGACAGACUGCUUACGGCGGAGGCGGUGGCAUGACGGCUUACGGCGGGCAGACCAGUUACGGCGGAGCCACAUCAUACGGAGGUGGCUCGGUGUGGGGAGGCGGAGCACAAUCAGCGUGGAAUCCUAAUGCAGGAGGGGGUCGGACGCCUGCUUAUGUCGCCAAUUCAGGCGGAAAGACACCCGCAUAUUCUGGCUCAGGUCUUGAGGCGCCAACGCCAGGGGCGUACUCCGCUCCAACCCCCGGGGCAGGCUAUGGCGAUCAGCCGACGCCAGGAGCCUACAGAGGAGCUGCAUAUAACACUCCCGCCAACUACUCAACACCAGGAGGGUUCCCCGAGACACCGGCGCCGUACAGUGCAGAAACUCCAGCGGCAUCACACGAUGAUGGGCCACGGUACGAGUAGUGGUAUUGAGUCGACGUUUGGGAUCAUGGUCAUGACUUUGCUCGUGACGAGAGAAGCGAUAAUAGAUUGCGGUAGCAUAGCGAGAGUCUGGCAGAGCCACAAUCUUGUACUAUUACAGGGGCGCCUGUGAGGUUGCCAAAAUUCUACAUUGGAAUGACAGACACUAAAUUCAGCGACUUGGCCAUGCUUCAUGUUCCAAUGCUUCUUUAACUUUCGUGGUAGGGAACUACACCCAAUGGCGGCAUCAAAGCAAGAGCUGUCAAUCGUGAAGAAGGUCGCUACUUAACACCGAUAUGUUAUGAAACACGCAAAAGGACUGUCGAAACGUCCUCUCGGCGACAUUAAGCUCGCAUCUGGGAGGUCGAUGUCCGGAACGUUGGCGAGUUCGUCG